GACAACUUAUUCCCCUAACGGGCUUCCGUAGUUGAACAUACAAGAAGAAUGGCUAUUUGGCUGUGGUUUCGUUGUCUUUUCGGGCCUCAUCUACAGCGAAUUCAUCGCUCGCCGGAGUCUGACAGACUAGAAGCCCGAACAGGGAGGAGGGGAUGGACGUACCAGCCCAGGAGUCUUGAGAAACACACCGACAGCAUCCUCGGAUGGGCUUCGGCUAUAUGGUCGCUCUCCUACUACAGUUCCCCCCUGCUUCUGUGCUAUCUCUACAGAAAAGGAUACCUGUGCACCACCAAACUGGUCCCAGUUGGUCAGUACCUAGGCACCAUUCUGGUGUGCCUGUUUGGAGUAGCGUGUCUGAGAGGCCUUGGGCGCUGGCGUAACCCGGAGUACCUGCAGUUUAUCAGUAUACUGGUUGAGGCCAGGAGGAAUUACAGCCCUGCCAACAAGAAAAAACUGUCAAGCUAUGAUUUUGACUUCAGCCACUGGCCCGUGGACUUCAGCUGGAGAGAAGCCAGUAACCCGAAGGCAACCAAGGCUGGUGUUUCCUUGCUGAAACCGGAGCCCAGGCACAGAGGGUCGACGGACAACAUCCUGAGCUCGUUCCGCACGCUGCCGUGUCACGUCGUCAGCUGCCUGAUUGCCCAUUCGUUCGGCCGCAGAAUGCUGUACCCCGGAUCUGUGGGCCUGCUACAGAAGGCCAUGAGGCCCAUGUUACAGCAGGGCCAGGCCCGGCUCAUCGAGGAGUUUGACGGGCAGAGAAACAAACUGCUGGCCUGCGACGGCAACGAGAUCGACACCAUGUUUGUGGACCGGAGGAAGGAGCAGGGCAGCAGGGGGAAAACCCUGGUGAUUUGCUGUGAAGGCAAUGCCGGCUUCUACGAGGUGGGCUGCAUGAACACCCCCCUGGAAGGGGGAUACUCCGUCCUGGGCUGGAACCAUCCCGGCUUCGCAGGAAGUACUGGAGUACCUUUCCCCCAGAACGAGGCCAACGCCAUGGAUGUGGUCAUCCAGUUUUCCAUUCACCAGCUGGGCUUUAAGCUCUCUGACAUCAUCGUCUACGCCUGGUCCAUAGGGGGAUUCACCGCCAGCUGGGCCGCCAUGUCCUAUCCGGAGAUCAAGGCCCUUGUCCUGGACGCCUCCUUCGACGACCUGCUUCCCCUGGCGCUGAAGGUCAUGCCUGACAGUUGGAGGCCGCUGGUGACGCACACGGUCAGGCAGUACAUGAACCUCAACAAUGCAGAGCAGAUUUGCAGGUACCAAGGACCGGUAUUAUUGAUCAGGAGAACCAAAGAUGAGAUUAUCACCACUACAGGCCCAGAAGACAUCGUGUCUAACAGAGGCAACGACCUGCUGCUCAGACUACUCCAAUUUCGGUACCCCAAGGUCAUGACAGAGGAGGGUGUGAAGGCUGUGAGGCAAUGGCUAGCAGCUGCAAGCCCCCUGGACGAGGCCACGGUGUACAGCCGUAACGAGGUGGAUGACGACUGGUGUGUGUCUGUACUGCAGUCCUACCAGACGGACAAGGAGACCCCUUUUCCCUGGAGCGUGGGCGAUGAGAUGGCCCCGGAAGGUAGACGGCAGCUAGCUCUCUUCCUGGCCCGGAAAUACAUGCGCAACUUCGAGUCGACACACUGCACUCCCUUGCCAUGUUCCGAGUUCCAGCUCCCCUGGAAACUGUAGGGAGAGGAAGAGGAGAUGGAGUGGGAGGUGGGUGUGGAGCAAGGGGGAAUGCUGUUGGAACCGGAGUUGUUUAUGAGGUCUGUGCCGUAAGACAGGAAUUGCGUAAAACCUCCAUGUUAUUUUCUCUCCGAGUCGUUGUGGCUCGUACUUCCCCCCCCCCCCCCCCGGAACACUCAAUCUUUCAUUGAGCAAAAUGUUUAUUACAUCUGAGCCUAAACUUAGAAAUGUUAUAUGUGUACAUUAAAGUAGGAAGUGCGUAAGUAGGAAUCUUUCGGGCUAAUCUCCUCACAGGAGGCAGAUAUCUGUGCACCUGAAAAGUUAGUGCUCAGAGUAAUUAAACUGGCCAUUUACAUUAGAUGAUAUUGAUGACAAGCUCUUGGGCUGUGAGUGGCCCAUUCUCAAAGCAUAACAGAACAGCGGCAAUGGUGACGCCUACCUUCGCUCACUCCCAGGUUUCCCUCCAUCUGUUAGGGUUUGUGUUGUUUUUUUUUGGUCUGUUAUGAACAAAGUUUAUUCUGUAAUUAAGCUAUAAAUGUUAAGUGUAAUGCUCAAUAAAAAUGUGAUUGGA